AUGCUAGACUCAACAGCUACCCCCGCAGGCCUAGUCCUAGCCCUGGGCCUUCUCCUCCUCCCGUUCCUUUUCCACCUCCAAAAAGAAGGCUGGCCAAGGCCUAAAAACCUCAACCUCCACACCUUCCUCCCCCGCCUCCGCCUCCGCCCCAACCAAUCCAGCGAAAUAAUCUCACUACGCAUGUACCCCAUAAAAUCCUGCCGAGGCUUCGAAGUCACCUCCACAACCCUAAAAGAACACGGCCUCGACCUGGACAGACGCUGGAUGUUAGUCGACGCAUCUACGCACGAAUUCCUAACAAUCCGGCAAAUCCCCGACAUGACGCGCAUCUCCACAGCACUCUCACCCGACGGCUCGGAGCUAAUCAUCUCCAUCCCCAUCACGAAGAGCCGUAAUAAAACCAUCCAAAUUCCCAGCCACCCCACGCCUGAAUGGCUGGAAACAAAUACGACGAUCGCCCCGGUCAAAAUCUGGGACAAUGAUACGGAUGGCUACGUGCAUGGCAGCGAAAUAAAUGACCCGUUCUCCGCGUUCCUGGGCCGGGAUGUCUGUCUUGUGUACAAGGGUCCCACGCCGCGCGUGUUGAAGGGAAAUGGGGCACCGAGUUUACUGGGUCGUGUGCAGACGACGGGCUUCCCAGACGUUUUUCCCGUUCUUAUUGCGUCGGAGGCGUCACUGAAAGAACUGAACGGGAGGUUGGAGAAGAUCGGCGUUGAUCCUAUUACCGUUGAGCGAUUCCGGCCGAAUAUCGUGGUGAGAGGGGAGGCGCCUUGGGUUGAGGAUUCGUGGAAGACGGUGCGGAUCCGAAGGGGUGGGGAAAGCAGCAAUAACAGAAGUGGAGCUGGAUCGAAGUCAAGUGUACCUCUGGAUCUGGAUAUCGUGGCUAGGUGCGCCAGGUGCCAGGUUCCGAAUGUUGAUCCCGAGACGGCGGCUAAGCAUAAGAAGCAACCGUGGGAUACGCUGAUGUCGUAUCGAAGGGUUGAUGAGGGGAUUAAGUGGAAGCCUUGUUUUGGAAUGCUUAGUGCGCCGAGGAGUGAGGGGGUUGUGGAGGUUGGGAUGUCGUUGGAGGUUUUGGAGGAGACGAGGGAGCAUCGGUAUAUUACUGGGUUUUAG